GGCUGGAGAGGUGGAGCUGUAUGUUGUAAACUAGUCAGCGAUUACGCACUCUCCCAAGACACAAUUUAACUCGCAGGGAACUAUUUGAUCAGUUCUUAGGAACAUACAAGAACAACAUGGCACUGGAACAUAACAUGUUGGCCUACCUACUUUUUAGUUAUAUUGAAUUACAUUUAUUUGGUUUUGAAAUGCACUCUGUAGUGUAAACAUGUAUGUGGACUGUCGGCCCACUGGAUUUUGCGUUUGUUGGCUGCCAGAGCGUUGUUCUAGCAACGUCGGAUACAAUGUGACUUUUCCAAGUGUCAUUGGUGUCAGUACUGAUCAAUGUUCAUGAUGAGUUGCGGAAAUGAACCAGCACGUGGUGUGCUUCUGUUGUGUUUGCUGCUGCUCCUGCACGCCGCGGAGGAGAAACCACGCGCUAAACUAACUGUCACCGAGAUUCAACACCAUAAUGGUUCCACCUGGAACUUGGAGAGUCUUCCCCAGCUGAGUCUGUCCACCUUCCGGUUCUCUCCAUCACAAGGCUCCUGUUCUGCUUGUGUCCAUGUCCGUAUCAGAAUGAAAGCUGCAGACUUUACUGGGACACUGACUAUUACCUACCUGGAGCUGUCAACUAGUACUCACAGAAUCAUCUCCAUAGAAAAUGUCAAAAAUCGCACUUUACAGUGGAGAGGCCCGCUUCCAUUCAACGGAGGAAAGACCAAAAUCAAACGUUUACGUCUCCAUAAUAUUGGCCAUCAAAUUUUGUGGGAGUUGGUGUAUGACUGUUUCCCGGCCGAUGCAGGGCGACAAGUGUAUGUGUCUUUGUCCUCCAAACCAAAGAGAGAAGACCGGUACAUCGUACAAGACAUCUGUCCAGAUCCAGUGCCGGAGUUUGACCUGUUUGUUGAUGAGCUGGCUCGAUCCCUCACUGUAACUGUAGCCACUGGGGACCACAUGUACCAGCCGGCUCUCUCACCUGAAGUGUACACCAGGCUGUGCUACAGACAGACAGACUCAGAAUGCUCCAACCUUUCUCCUCUUACCACUAUUGACACCAAUCAGGCAUUGUCAGUGACUCUCGGGUUCCCCUACCUGCUUCGCUGUGUCUGUGUACAGGUAUAUUACACACACCUGGAUGCAAGGCGAACCACAGUUUGCCCAUUUGUGAACAGCUCAUUAGGUGAGGGCAGAGACGUAUGGCGCUCCAGUUUUGUGACUCUGUAUGGUGAGUUGGGUUCCAACCUGGCAUGGAGUUCCCCGUGUCCUGCUGCUUACCUGAAGCUCUCUGCCUCCCUCUGCUGGCAACACCAGAGAAACACAUCCCACUGCACUCCCAUCUUCAACUCCACACUGGAGGACAUAGUGGAGAAGAGAGAUCUGAAAUAUAAUGUUUCUGCUGUGGAUAAACACCCUCAGAUGUGUGUGCAGUUGUCCUUCAGAAGCAGUUUUGAUGUCCACUGUCCAUUCCUGCCAGGUAUGUCUAAGUGGGAGGCAUAUGUUGGUCCUGGUUCACAGAGUCUCCGUGUCUAUCUCACUUCCACUAUCCCAGCAUCCUUUGCUGCUCAACUCUGUGUAUGGCAGGACAAGGGAUGUGUGUCCAGAGGAGCUAUCUACUUAGUAAACAUGGGUGGGGGCACCAGAGAGACACAGCUGAACCUGCCCUUAUCCUUCCUAACUGAGAGACUAUGUGUGCAGGUGUGGCGGUCAGAUCCUCCACAGUAUGGGAGGAGAAUACUCUGUCCUGACUAUUCCCACAGGAGAUGGGGUCUCUAUGCUGUUGCAGCCUUGACACUUCUGGUUACUGUGGCAAUGCUGGGACGCCUCAUCCACUAUGUGACCAAGAAUGGAGUCACAGGUUGGCUGUUCAUCCAGAGGCCUGUGUUGUUGGUGUGUUCCUCAGAGCUGUCAACCCAUGUGUCUCCCGUGUGUGCUUUGGCCUCCAUUCUACAGGGAGAGCUGUGUGCUGACGUGCGCAUGGCUCUGUGGGCCCAGAUCUCCAAUGGGGAUGGUCCUGGGGCUAUGGAGAGGUCUGGGGCUGGUGUGGCUGAGCUGGGCCCUGUGCCCUGGAUGUAUGGACAGUGGGAGGCAGUCAGAGAGGCAGGAGGCCGGGUGCUGAUCAUAUGGAGCCCAGAGGCUAAGGAGUCCUACAAGAGCUGGAGAGAAGAGCGAGAUGGAGGGAAUAGGAGAGAUGGGAAAAAGAUAGGAGGGAGUAAAGGAGAGGAGAUGCGACAAGGGGAGAGUGGAGGAGAGGAGCUGAAAGGACUUGAGUUAACAAGAGAUAAACAGGAGCAAGCAGGAAUGGAGAAAGGAGUGGAAUGGAAAGAGGAAGGUAGGAGCGGAGAGGAGGAGAGGGAGCCCUCCUCAGUGACGGGGCCAGUGUUCAGGGCUGCCCUGUCCUGUCUGCAGGGGGCACUACAGGGGACAGGCAAGAGCCACGGCUUUGCCCUUGUCUACUUCCAGGACCUCUGUCACAGCCGAGACAUCCCCAAAGACCUCAGAGGUGUCCCGCGCUACUGCCUGCCUCGGGAUUUUGGGGGACUGAUACGAGAGCUGGGCGGGAUGGCUAGAGGAAGGAACAAUGUGAUUGGCAGCUGGCACUGCUGGCUCAGACUCCUCUCCAAAACAUUGUCGCUUUGGUUGGCACGACGACUAACUCACAAGGUGAGUUGCCACGGACGCACCCACAGGAAGAAGAGGGUCCAAAACCGAAAUUGUCGCAGAAAGUGAUGUCAGAGAGGACACUAAGCAGGCAUGUGUCGCCACUGUCAACCAAUUAAGAGAGGACAGAGCCAAGCACUUUGCAGGAGGAGUCACUCAGCGGGCCACCGUGGUGAUGAGGCAGGGCAUCUCAGGUUUGACCUUUUAUACAGGGCCAGUUUUUUUGUUGUCUUGACUGUAAACAUGAGGCAUGGGUGGUGUAGUGACCCAAACAGAGACAACGAACAUUUAUGCCUAUCAAGUCAAUAGGGGGUAACACUUCACCACUAAGAUACCUUACCACUUGAUUCGCUAAGCUAAGUAAAUAUGAUCGUCUGGGUACAUCCCACGUAGGGCCACAGUUUGUUCUUUGUGUACUGAGUGCACUGUUUGAACCUGACCAUGAAGCCGCACACAUCAGCCUUACCGUUGUGGGUUUGCCUGAACAAAGGAGACACCUUAAUCUAGGGAAUAUCUCCUACAAAAUCAACCACCCUCUGUUAAUACAACAAGAUUUAAAUUCACUACAUUACUCUGAACAAUCUUGGCUAAUUAUUUUGUUUUGAUUAUAUAAGUGAUUUUUGACAUAAUAUAGUGAAAUCAGAACAAGUUGACAUGGCAGAGUGCAUGGGGGCUGCCACAUCAAGCAGCAUUAAGGGAAAUGUUAAAGAAAAGGAGGCUUGAAGUACAGUUGCCGGGCGCAACACACCAAAGGAAACGGUUCACCCUAUCUUCAUCUUGGAGAGAAAAAUCCUUACAAGGGAGGAGGCCAGAGCUAACCCCCUGAAGGAAGAAUAGCUCAACCAUAGCAUACAGGGAAUCCACCCAAGCCACUUGAGGUUGGUACAGAGAGUGCACUCUGGAGUAUCUAAGUAAAUAGGAGGCAAGGGCAACUCCUUAUUGGAGGAAUAUCUGUCUGUGGAAAGCAUGUACUGUUCAAGGAAAACAACCCUGUCAGUCUGCAGUCACGCAUGGCCAAUCAGAACUCAGUUCAAGGUACAAUCAAAGAGCUGCCUGAAUGAGCAGAUGACAGAGUUUCUGACCAAAGCAGGCUGCAAGACUGGGGAAAGUUAUGAAACGCAUGAUUCGACGCAAGAACCAACUCACUAAUUGUUCCAAUGGAGAGAGAGCGCUUUGUUUACAUUGAAGCAGUGCCCCCCUAACCCAGACCGCGCUCUGCAAAGAUGGGUCCACACUGGGUCAAAAUAUGAUUCUAUGGAUCGUGCAAUGGACAGCGUCAAGACGAGCCGGAACAAAAGCCUGCACUGAGCCCAAAAUGCAUUCCAGCCACUGAAGAGAACUUGAAUUACAUAGAGGAGAUGUACAGUAUAGCUAGUCUGUGCUGGAUGACAACGCCUGCCUGAAAGUGGAACAGAGCUAUCAGAAACACCCGCAGAAUCUGGAGAAAUUCAGGCCACUUCUACACCGAACAAUAAGGGGGAUGAGCCUGGAGAAAACAGUGUGCCAGACCCAACUAUACAUUCUAAUGAGCAGAGAAAGAAGAAGAAAUUAAGUAGCAAAAGAAUGUGAAGAGAAAAAAAUGGAAGUGACAAAAGCAGAGUAAAACAAGAAGAAAGGCAAGACCUAAGAUAGUAAGAUGAACAGAAGGCGGUGCAACUCACUUGGGAGGGCAAAAUAAGGGAAUCCAUCCUUUAAUUAUCUUAUUCCCUCUGUGCUCUGUUCCUCUGUUCUCUACAGGCAAGUAAGAGACCUAGGGAGACUCAAAGUCUGGAACAGAAGUCAAAGAAAGAAAAUGAUGAUGAACAGGACCAAAGUCCCCAGAUCACAAGUGAAGAACACAAAAAGUCCACCCAGGAAGUAUAAGGGUGAUAGAACCAUCAUGGACAAUGUGUGAUGUAAAUACUACCUGAGCUUGAUGAUCACUAACUCACUGGGCACACCACGUCAUUUCAACGUGGAAAUGUGGGUAAGACGUUGAUAGAUUUCACUGUGCUUCAUCUAAUACCGUAACCAAAUUACCUGGAUUGCAGUUCAGAUUAUAUUAAAAGUACAUAGUGUCAAUGAUCAAUGUUGUUUGAGAUUUUACACAGAAUAUUAUAGCAAUUGUGAAGAUCUCCACAGACCUGUGAUGACCUUUGCAUGCUAUCUUGAACAUGCACACUUUCUAUAAUUACACAAGACAUUUAUAGUUCCAGUAGGCUAACCUCAGAAUGUGGCCAUGGAUCUGUUACUUAUUUUAAGGUAGAAUAAGUACUGUUACAUUAGCCUUAUUGCUAUAUACUGUAUUACAAAAGUAAAUGGAACUGUCCAAGGUACAUAUUCUUCAAAUGUUGAUAUUUGGUUGCCAAAUGCAUUUCAAUAUCCAGUUUGUCUACAAAUUAAUAAUUUGUUGGAUUCACGUCUCCAUCUCAACCAAAAAUCUAAGUUAAAGAAUUGUCACUAGAGCCGUGCGCUGAAAAUCCUGGACACAUUCUGUACAAUGUACUGAGCUUUGAACACCUCAUCUGAUUUUUUAAAAUGUGAAGCUUGUCUUCAAGUGUCUUUCAAUGGUCUUUCCCCUGAACCCCCUGCCCUAACAGAUGCCGGAGCUGCAAAGGCCUGGAAUGUCCACCAGGGAAAACUGCAGGGUCUUUCUACUGCAUUGUUUCCCAACAGGCUGCUACUGCUUCAGCAGUGCAAUCAUGUAUGAACUGCCGUGUGUUAUCCAACAGACCCAUUAAGACUGUUGUAUGUCCAAGUUGUAAAUAUUACCACUAUGAGAUUUGCUUAGGUGCAUCUAAUUGAAGGCUGGCAUUGUGGAUAUAAUUAUGAUAAUGUACAGAUGUGAUAUUUUUAUUGAUUACGUAUUUCUUUUCUUUUCAUUAAAGUCUCUUUGGGACGGGUGUUGAAAAUGAGCUUGAGCUAGACACACUAGUGCAAUGCAUCGGACGAUUGUUUGUUCAUUGUGUCAAUGUGUUUGUCCCCAUUCAAAUAAACUAAACUAUUAUUGUAUGAAA